UCCACUGCAUGAACCCUCCUCCCAUAACCACUCCUGCACUCAUAUUAAUCAAAUUCGUCAUUGCAACUGCAAAACAAGAAGAUACAGACAGAAGCUAACAAUAAUUACAAUGAAGCUUAGGAGUUUUUCUCAAUCCUCUUUUAUUGUUCUUGUUCUUGUGCUCCCAUCAUUUGCAUGCUUCACAAGAGCUCAAGAAGUUGAUGAUGAGAGGCAGUUCAGUUACGAAGAGGACAGCGAGAUCGGGCCGAGCAACUGGGGGAAAAUCCGACCGGAAUGGAGUCAGUGUAAUUCGGGGAGAUUGCAGUCUCCCAUUGACCUGCUGAAUCAAAGGGUUGAAGAAGUGUCCCAUUUGGGCAGACUCAAGAGGAAUUACAACCCUUCUAAUGCUACACUUAUCAAUAGAGGCCACGAUAUGAUGUUGAGAUGGAGAAAUGAUGCAGGGCACAUCCAGAUAAAUGGAACCCUAUAUCAUCUUAGGCAAUGCCAUUGGCACUCACCUUCUGAACACACCAUCAACGGAAAAAGGUUCGAUAUGGAAACUCAUCUGGUCCAUGAGAGCGACGACAAGCGUACAGCUGUGAUUGGAAUCAUGUACAAAAUCGGACGUCCAGAUGCCUUCUUGUCCAUGCUGAAACGCGACUUUGAAGCAAUCGUUGAAACGCGAGAUGUAGAAAGAACCGUGGGAGUUGUUAAUCCAAAACUCGUGGAAUUGGGCAGUCGAAAGUAUUACAGGUACAUGGGUUCUCUUACAGUCCCUCCUUGUACUCAAGACAUCAUCUGGACAAUGGUGAAAAAGGUGAGAACUGUGACAAGAGAACAAGUUGAAUUGAUUCGCGAAGCGGUACAUGAUGAAUCGGAAAUGAAUGCCAGACCAAUCCAGCCAAUGAAUGAGCGUCCUAUAAAUCUCUACACACCAAAAGAUCGUGAGAACUGAAAUAUGAUUAUACUUUGUAUAAAUACUAUAUAUACUUUAUUAUAUAUAUAAGAAUUAAUUUAAAUGUGUAAUUAGGGUUAUUAUUAUCAUUUAAACUAUACUUCACCAUGUAAUUUUCCUUCACAUGGUCCAUCUGUUGUUUCAUUCUUAUGGAUAUCAAUAAAGAUGACACGUUUUUUAUUA